ACUUGCCUAUGACUAUAAAUGCCCAACACCCAUCUACAAACUCCCACUUUGCAAAGCCAAACAGUCCUUUGAAAGUAAGAGAGAUUUUUGUAGAGUGGAGAAUGGAAAACUUGCAGAUAGUCCCAGCUUUGGCUUGCAAGAAUGUAGAGGCCCAGUACGUAGAAAUGAAGGUUCCUCUAUAUUCUUAUGGCUGUGAGAAGAAAAUAAAGAAGGCCUUAUCGCAUCUCAGAGGAAUAUACUCAGUGACCGUAGAUUACAAGCUUCAGAAGGUAACGGUGUGGGGCAUCUGUGAUAGAGAUGAUGUACUGACAACCAUCAAGAGCAAGAGAAAAGAAGCUUGUUUCUGGGGUUGUGAGGAGGCCCACCAAGGUCCACGGUCGGGGCCCAAGGCCCCAUCUCGAUCAUGGAGCUGGAAAGCAUUGAAGAAGAUCAUCAGGUCCUAUUAAGCAAGCGACCAAUCCUUCCCACCCAUCCGGCAACAUUUCCAAAUCGUCUUGAACGUCAUGGAUUUUUUGUGCCAUUUCAUACACAUAUAGAUAGUUUAUACAUUUCAUAGGCUUGUAAAUGGUUGUGGUAGUUUGAGUUCUUUGCCUUGGCAGUGGAUCACCUAGCUCUUGUGACUGAUGUUAGCAAUGCACACCUUGCAGGUCUAUCCAAAUGAAAUUGCAAUGUUC